UUCGGGAUUGAACGCCACACCAUGCUGCUGUAACCUACAGUAGAGCGCCGAAACAAGGACUCCCCAAAUGCAAAAUCGCGUCAGCAGAGUUUCGCAAUCCGACUCACCACCCAACCCGAAUCCCAGCGGCUCAUCUCUGUUCAGUCGACUCUCUCCGUUCCCGGUGGCAACACGCGAAAAAUUAGAGCACAAAAGCUGGUGUCGAUUAUUGGUGGUGUCGGGCGCGUCGUGGAAAAUUCGUGUCACACUUGAAACAGAUUUCCACCAGCCAUUGAAAAGCAUCAGAAUACAAGCAAAAAAAGAAGCUCCUCUGAAAAAGGCAUUUGUGUCUCUGCGGUGGGUGUCUCGUGUCGGGUGUGUGUGCAUGUGCAUGUGAGGUUGUAUACGACGACGGACGGACAGAGUUUUCCGUUCUUCGCAAUUUUCCAGUUGGUGCGGUUUGGUUGGUGUGUUUCGUAAGAAGGUUUUCCUCUUGUUCUCGGUGGUCGCGUCGUCGUCGUCGUCAUCGGUGCGGGAAAAGAACAAACGAAACAGGGAUAGGCCAACCGAGGCUGGGCCGGGCAGUGUUGCGGCGAGUGUGUGAGCGGGGGAGAGUGUUAAUUUUGUCACGGUCAAGCGUCGUCGGUGGCGGGAGCAAACGCCCCCCACACAGUAGUAAUUGUGAUCUAUUGUAGUGUAAUUAAUUCAACGUAAAUAAAUAGUUGUUAUACGCACUGAGAAGAUACAUCGGGUAGGGUGGCAUCGCAUUUUCUGGUGGAUUGAUUAACCUUGGUUUCAGCGGCAGCAGCAGCAGCAGUUCUACAAAUUCUGCAGUGUGAAGGUGAAGUCAACCAGAUGGCAACAGUAGCUAUGUAGCUCGCACAAAGUGGAAAAUGAAUUGAUCAGCGUAGACGGUGCUUAUCUGACAAAGUUUUCCUCAAAACUACUCAAAAGGCUGUAAUAAGAACAAAAUGCCCCAGCGCCUGUAAAAUGCCCUGCCAUGGCACUGCGCGGUUGGCGACUCUUUGGGUUGGCCGGUACCAUCCUGGUGUACAUCGGCGGUAUUCUGUUUCUGUCUUUCGUCAGUCUACAGAGUCCGCAGCAGAAGCGUAACCAUGCCCGGGGCUACGGCGAGUUCGAAACCCUGCGAAACCGGGACCUGGGGCUGCUGGGGAAGAAACCACCCCUGCAAUGGUGCACCGAGCUGCGCUACAUGGACAGUCCCCCACCGUCACCGAAGGCCUACAAGCUGCUGCAAACCUUCCCCGGUCAUUUCGUGAAAAAGUUCCAACAGAUCCCCGGUUUUCGGAAGGAUGAAGCACUCCGGGACGCCGGAAAACAGCAGCAGCAAUCGCAACCAUCGCAACAACGACACAACGAUGUCGUCAGCAGACGCGGACCGAAACGGUCCGCCACGGCCUCGGCGGCCGACUUCCAUUCGUCUUCGCAAUGGCCUAAUAGUAACAGCAACAAAUUUGAUACCAAUAAGAUAGCAACUAGUGAUAGGAUAGUAAACGAAGGGCACCAGAAGUCUUCCAGCAAAGGUCGGGAACUGACGGCGCUGGUGUCAUUUCCCGGGAGCGGAAACACGUGGCUGCGGUACCUGCUGCAGCAGUCCACGGGUAUCCUGACUGGAAGCGUGUACAAAGAUUAUGGCCUGCUCAAAAGUGGGUUUCCAGCGGAAAAUGUGGCCAAUUCUUCGGUCCUGGUAGUGAAAACGCACGAGUGGGGUCCACAGGCAUGGGCCCCGUACGGCAAAGCCAUUCUGCUCGUCCGAGAUCCCGAAAAAGCCAUACUAGCUGAGUUUAACCGCCAAAGUGGUGGCCACGUAGGAUUUGCCUCGCCCGACCGAUACCGACGAACUAAAGGACGGUAUUGGACGCAAUUUGUUAAGAAUAAGCUAUGGGCCUGGGAACAGACCAAUCUGUCCUGGGCGAAAAAUUUCACCGGCGAAGUGAAACUAGUCUUCUACGAUGAUCUGGUGGAGAACGUCGAGGGAACACUGAGGAAUAUUCUCAAGUUUCUCAACUUUCCAAUCAACGAUGAGCUUCUAGCAUGUGCAUUAAUGCGCAAGGAAGGGAUCUACCGGAGGAAGAAACGGAUAUUGCAGUUUGAUCCGUACAGUCCAGCAAUGCAUGCAGCGAUUGAUGAAAAACGCACCGAAGUGUAUGCUGCAUUGGGACGAUUCCGGUCACACUGAACAACUCUAGUCAACUCGCACAAUGUAGAACAGCCCUACACAAAACGCGAUGAAAAUAAGUACCAAAUUCCAUUCUAGUCAUUCAUUUCGGCCAUUACUUAGUAGUUUGUUGAAUAAUUAGGAAUAAAAAUAUCAAAAAGUCUACCAACCAAUAAAAAUAGGAUUUUGCAGAGAUGUUUUAUCUGACGCUUCCAUUUUCGUUUUCACCAAUGCCAUUUUUCUUAAUUUUACUAAAGGUAGCCCACAAAAAAUACUGAUAAAUGAAAUCGAAGUACUCGCGUAGGAAUGAUGUAGCCAUAAGUGAAAACGUUGCCAUAUUUACGUAAGCGUAGACAAGUAUAAGACGUGUCAGCCCACGAGUUUGGUAAUUUAUACAAGAAACAAAUGGAAGUCUAGUCAAAAUUAAACCAAAAUAAAAAUACCAAUAAAUUGGAGUAAUUGCCACAGAUAACCAUAGACAAAAUACCAAAACCCAUACAAUACUAGUAGAAGCCAUUAAAAGUAACAGUUUGUGAAAAUUGCAAGACUUAUGCAACACAGUAUGUGAAACGAGUUACUCUCACACAAAAGUAGUAGGUGAGUAGGUAUUUCAGCGACAAAUAUAAAAAACGCAAACACAGCAAGCAGACACACAAAUUAAGUAAACUACCAGUACCAUCAGUUUAUGAAAUGUUUACAUAACCGUCAGUUAGGCAGAUAUUUGAGUAUUACACAAACGGAAAUACAAAGGCAAUAAAUCAUGUACAUAA